AUGGGAUCUAAUCGUUUGGCUUUAAUAGAUUUGUUGGAGAAAUUCUGUCACGGUGGUAGAGACCAGGGGGGUUUUUUGUCUGCGUUUCUGGUCGCUAAGAAAGUAACCAUCACUAGUAAGCAUAACGAUGAAGUGGAAUACCUCUGGGAGUCCCAAGGGGGCGACUCUUUCACCGUUAGCAGCAAAGUCCACCGCGGGACUGAAGUCACCCUCUUCCUAAAAGAUGGUGUUGCAGAUGAGUUGGACCUGCUGAAAAGCUUUAUGAUCAAAUAUAUGGUGAAUGAGUGCUGUAAGGAUUGUCCCUUCCCUGUUUAUCUGUUAACUAAGAAGACUGAAAAUCGAAAUGGAAACUCUGAUGUGCAAGAGGAGGAUGAUGAACACCUAGAAGAACUGAAACACAGGAGAUUGUUGAAAGGCAAAGCAAAGGCAGUCCGAUUAUAUGUUAAAUCUUUAGACCCAUGCCUAGAUCUAGAUGGUGUUUGCCUGGCGAAAUAUGUAGCUAAUGUUGAUUCCAAUUAUUCUGUUGGGCAUUGCAUUCACCUUUUGCAUUCGGAAGGUUUGGUAGAAAACAAAGCACCCGGAAGUGAUGAUGUCCAGUCAGAAGAGAAAGAUUGUGAUCAAGUGUUUUUAUUUAGCGUUGUGGGUCAACAGAGGCUCUAUGGCACUGUGCUCUAUGACUUGCAAAGUGGUGUUCAACCCAGAGAAAGUGCUCUUCAACUCAGAAAGGUUACAUAUCCUCCUCAGCUUCCACAGUCUUUUGUUGAUAAUCCUCCAUAUGUUCAAGCUCCUCCUCAGCUUCCGCAGCCUUUUGUUGACAAUCCUCCAUUUGUUCAAGCUCCUCCUCAGCUUCCACAGCCUUUUGUUGACAAUCCUCCAUAUGUUCAAGCUCCUCCUCAGCUUCCACAGCCUUUUGUUGACAAUCCUUCACCUCCUCAGCUUCCACAGCCUUUUGUUGACAAUCCUCCAUAUGUUCAAGCUCCUCCUCAGUUUCCGCAGCCUUCUGAUGACAAUCCCGGGAAUUUGCUGCCGGCUCCAAAUAUUGAAGAGGAGGAUGGUGAUCCCAACUGGGGAUUCAAGGGGUUCUGGACCGGGAAGGACGAAGAUGAUUUGGAUGGAAAGACCGAUUGGGACCCAGACGAGUCAUCUUCAAACUCGUGGUAA